AUGCCCUCAUUACUGUCCGAAUAUGGCAAAAGGUUUGAGGAUUGGAUGGUUGUGAUGUUCUACCAGUACGGUUUAGUACUGGGAAAACAUCCAUUCUGGUUUCUAUGGGGUCCAGUGAUUUUCACCAUCUGCUGUACCCCAGGAUUAUUCUUUCUAAAAAUUAAUCUAGAUCUUUACAAACUUUUUGUGCCGACGGAUGCACCUGUGCGCUAUGAAUUUGAACGUGGCCAAGAAUUCAGUAGGAUGCCAUCCGGCAACUUAUCGAUAGAACCGGGUGCGCUAAGAAAACGCCAGCAACACCGGCGGCCACGUGACAACCAUUUCGUCUAUGAAGAUGUGGAAAUGCACCGCCUCCGCCGGGAUCUCGAGCUUUUGAUGGCUUCUCAACCGUCAGACCAACUGAACAUUACCCGAUUUAGACGUGAUGCAAAAAUGGAUCCUCACAAGGAGGAGGUGACGAAAAAGUCGCACACUCACAAGUCUUCCGCCCCGGUGAGGAAUGAUAUACUGCGAUUUUAUGUGGUGCAUAAAAAUUUCGACAAUCUUCUACAAUCAAAAUAUCUGGGACCUCUAUAUGACUACACAAAUAAAAUGAUGAAAGUAACUUGUCAAUAUAACGGUGAGACGUACUAUUUGGAUGAUUUCUGCAAAAAGGAUGCAGGUCAAACGGAAUGUGAUAACCUGUUAAAUGUCUGGAUCAAACAUGCGGAUGUGCUGUUCAAGGAUGGCAAAGUAAAGACGAACCCUAAUCUUCAACUGUCCUACCCUGUACUUUACCUCUUCAAUAGGCCAAAGGAUAUCGGAAAUGUCAUUUAUGGCGUCGACGUUAAAGGAGAGAAAAACGAGAUACAAGGCGCUAGAGUGCUUACUCUGCACUGGUUUAUACAGUAUCCUGGAUCGCCGGAAAACAAUGCGGCAUAUUUCACAUACAGAGAGGCUCUCAUGGAUUACUGGCACAAAGUCAUGGACGAAACUGAACUGGAGUUUAUUCCACACAAGUGGGUGCAAAGCUUCACGGGAGACAUUGAUAACAAUAAUUUUUACUCAGCAUUUCAUCUGAAUUGA